CCGUCGUCGCCGACUCCGAGGGGGUCGCUGCCGCCCUCUCGCGCCUCCCCUCUCGCGCCUCCCCUCUCGCUGCGCCAUUCCCUACGAGGUCGAAAGGCCGGCCAAAGUUCAGGUCGCAGCCCCUCAUCCGCCCAACUGUUUCCAGCUUCCUCACCGACCCGUCUUCCUUCAUCUGCAUGCAGCUCUCGAUUGGACUGACAUCAAUGAGGUCACACAAAUCCCAACCUUCGUAGCUCCACUGCCAGCAAGAUGAAAGGGACUGCUCCCAAGAACAGCGAUGGUGGGUCAGAUCAGAAUCUUGGGAUAGAAUCUGGUAUUGACAAGAUGACACCAGCAGUUACGUCCAACGAUUCGAUAAAUCUGGAUGGGAAUGGAGAACAUAAGGUGGCAUGCGAUAAUAAUCAGAGGAUUUCAAAGGAGAUCGAAGACCUGAGGGCUGAACUAGAUGAGGAUGUGAAACAGCUUGGAUACUGUGAGGCGAAUCAGAAGCCGAGAGCUGAGCUGGCUCUCAAGGUAAAAGACAUGCAGGGCCUGAGGAAGCAGAGUGAGGAGAUGCAACUCAACAAUGAUGGAAUGAGAAAGCAGAAUGAUUUGCUGCAGGCCAAGAGUGACAGCAUGGUGAAGCAGAAUAAGGACCUGCAAGCCAAGAAUGAUGAUCUGGUGAAGAAGAAUGAGGAGCUGAGAACCAAUGUAGACAGAAUGGGUAAGCGGAAUGAAGAGCUGCAAGCCAAGAAAACAAAGUGGAAUCAGGAGCUGCAAGCAAAGAAUGAUGGCCUGAAGAAGCAGAAUGAGGAGCUGCAAGCCAAGAAUGAUGGCCUGACGAAAAAGAUUGAGGAGCCUACAGGCCAAGAAUGUCAGCUUGGUGAAGCAGAAUGAGGACUUGCAUGCCAAUAAUGACAGCAUGUGCAAGUGGAAUCUGGAGAUGCAACUCAACAAUGAUGGAAUGAGAAAGCAGAAUGAUUUGCUGCAGGCCAAGAGUGACGGCAUGGCGAAGCAGAAUAAGGAGCUGCAAGCCAAGAAUGAUGACCUGGUGAAGGAGAAUGAUGAGCUGAGAACCAAUAUAGAGAAAAUGGGUAAGUGGAAUGGCGAGCUGCAAGCCAAGAAUGGCAGCCUAACACAGUGGAAUCAGGAGCUACAAGCCAAGAAUGAUGGCCUGAAGAAGCAGAAUGAGGAGCUGCAAGCCAAGAAUGAUGGCCUGACGAAGAAGAUUGAGGAGCUGCAGGCCAAGAAUGUCAGCUUGGUCAAGCAGAAUGAGGACUUACAUGCCAAUAAUGACUGCAUGUGCAAGUGGAAUGGGAAGCUGCAAACCAAGAAUUGUGCCCUAACAAAGCGGAAUGAGCUGCUGGAAGACAAAAAUGACACCCUGGAAGAUUUGAGUGGAGUUCUUGUGAGGAAAGAGCGUGAAAGUAACGACGAGUUACAACAAGCCCGGAAAUAACUAAUUAGGGUACUGCUCAUGCUAUAUGUUCAUUAGCAAUUACAAUGCACUUGAAGUGUUCUCUAUCAUUUGGUUCAUGUUUUUCAUUGAUGAAAUGAUCAACGUUUGGAGGAAGAGCUAAAUGGGCAGACAG